AUGUCUUUAUCUGAUACACAAGUUUUUGUUGCACUCUUUGUUGCUCUAAUUACAGGGCUUCUUUCAGUGCGUCUUGGAACGCAACUCUAUAAGUAA